CUAACAGGAAGGAGAGUAAUGGUGGACCGCUUCUGAAGCCUUCCUGUUAGGUCGCACUCGGGGAUCGACACUUUUUGUCUGCCGUGAUGGCGGCGCGCCAAAGAUGCAGCUGCUAAGUUCGAUACCGGUUUGAGUCAGCUGAGCAAAACUUACACUUCCAGUCCUCUAAAUCCGCUGAAGAGAGGCGGCAGUCUCGCAGUGGAAUCGGGAUAAACGGUGUUUAAGAAGGGCGCCGCCAGGAAGUGGCGCCGUGUGGGAGUGUCACCGAGCUGCCAUAGUGAACGCCUUGAUUGCGGCUUUCCAGCGAGGGACGCAGCUUCAGCGCUUUGAACGGGCGAAACUGCGACGGUUCCGUUAUUUAAGCGCCCCAUUGUCAGCGUGUGCCGGGUCUCAUCGUCUGUGCGGGGAACUGGAGCCAUGGCUAGCCGCUCUGUGUGGUCGCUCUGCCUGCUGCUGGCGCUGCUGCUGCCGCUGGAAGUCCUGUCUCAGGGUGAAUUUGACCUGAGCGAUGCCUUAGAUGGUGACGACGCCAGUAAACCCUCGACCCCUUCACCAAAGCCAGCAGCACCAGCAGCACCAGCAGCACCAGCAGCACCAGCAGGAGGAGCAGGAGGAGACUUUUCGUUGGAGGAUCUCGUUAAAGUCGAUGGCACCACCACCACUACCACCAAAAGCCCCACAAAAGUCCCCGCAGCCACGAAGGCCCCGGUCAAGCCCAAACCCAAGCCAGCUGGAGAUGUCUUUGACCUGGCUGAUGCCUUGGACCCCAACAAUGACAUUGGUGGCAAGGAUAAGAACAAAGGGCAGGGAGGUGGAUUUUCUGACAGUGAUCUGCUGGAUGUUAGUAAAGAUGAUACCUACAAACCCGACAAAGGCAAAGGUGGACCAAGUGGUGACAAAGAUCAGAUCAACCAGUAUGAUGACAACAGUGGGACAACAACAGAGGUGGGCACCAUUGCAGGGAUCGCUAGUGCGGUUGCCAUGGCGCUGGUGGGUGCAAUCAGCAGCUACAUCUCCUACCAGAAGAAGAAGCUGUGCUUCAGUAUACAACAGAGCCUGAAUACUGACAUGGUGAAGGCUGAGAACCCCGAGGCUGUGGUGGCUACAGAACCACAAGUCCAACAGACUCUCCUGGAGCCACCCAACGCCGAACCUCCCACUGAAGAGAAUGCUGUGUAACACUCACAAACACACAAAUGCACACACAAUUGGGCACUCGCACACACACAUACAGACUCACACACACGCAGACACACACCACACAGCCAUGCUACAGGAUAGAUCGUUCUAUUGUGUAGCAUGUCCUUGUUGAUCCUGCAGCUCUGUGCUGCAGGGGGUUGGGAUUUGUAGUUCUUUUUACGCUGAAUGUGAACACAGAUUUCUUUAAUUCUCCGCUGUAAACACGGUCGACAGCAUAUCGAAACCUUGCCAAAUGUAUGUGUAUAUUGUAAUUUAUUGUUUACUCUUCGAACACCACUAUCAACGUUGGUUCACAGUUAUCCAGCCUUCAGCAUGUAGCCUGCUAAUACUCUGUAGUGAGCUGGGGUCUUAGCUGUAGCCCCUCCAGACACACAGUGACGUUGGAAUACUGGAAACGCAUACAAAAAGAAGUUAACUGUAAUAUAUGUUGCAAAAAAAAAAAAAGAGUGCGUGUCAAACUGCUUUGAGUUCACAGGAAGUCAGUCAGCUUGAUUUCAGUUGGAUUAGUUCACUGAUUGAUUGAUGAGGCAGUGACUUGUAGCGAAAUGUCAUAGAUCCUCGUUGCUCUAUACAGGGAAUUUGGGAUUUCUUUCUGGAGCGGAACUUGAAGUGAAAAAGUGAGUGCUCUGAGGCAUUCCCUGUGUUUUUUUUCCCCCUUUUUUUACAUGAAUCGAAGUCUCACUCCGUCUAAGUCCCCAACUUAGACUGGAGUUUAGCAACUCUGUUUCCCCCUUUUGGCACAUAACUGAUAAUUAUAUAACCGUUAAUGCGAAAUGAUGGAAAUCAAAUGUGAACUGUAGCGCCACUGAACAAAAUCCACGACUUAGAGGUCUGUCAUUGCUCUCCACAGAUGUGUAGUAGAGAGCGACGUUCAAAAAUUUUCGACAAUUGUGUGUUUAAAGCCUUGUAGCAACUGAUUAUGUACUCACUUGAGAAAUGCAGUGAUAGACGCAUAAAUGGUCAGAAAUCACUGUGGCCAGUAACUGCUACUUCAUAAGGAAGCUAACAUAUGAAAAGCAUGCGCUCGUAGAACUGAAGCUAUCGUAAUGAUGUUGACAAACAAUAUGAAUUUCUCUUAUUCCUAUACAAUGUGACAUUUGAAUUUAAUUUAUUACAUUUACUGUUUACUAUUUUAUCAUGAUGAGGUCACAGCCAGUGAUUGAUAUAAUCAUUUAAUGUCUUUUAAUGAUGUAUUAGUUACAUUCAUAAUCAGGGGGGUCAUGAAGUGUCCCGACAGGUUUGAUUAGACUUUGACCCACGUUUAGCAUGUAUUGUCCCUUCAAUAGGCAAGGGACAUAUUCAUAGAACUAGAGUUACUGCAGGUAACUACUAUUUCAUCAUGGGACAGUUACAGUUCAUCAUUAAAUGCUACAUGCUGCUCCGCCCUCCUCAUGUUGUCUAUCCUAAUGUACAAAGUUGCCUUAUUUGGAUUUGGAUCUUUUUACAGUGGGGAACAAUAAGGCGUCUAAACAUUUCUGUCUACUUACAACCUGUGACUUUUUAUAGUGUAAAUAGCCUAAUAUUGAGAAGGGAGAAAAAAAAAAAAGAUUUUUUUUUUUUUUUAAACUAGCCUUUUAAUGAGAAUGCCUAAUGAAAGGAAGCUUGAUGAAGUCUGUUUUUCCACAGUGGUGAUGACUAACUAAUGAGAAGAGGUGUCAGAUGAAGUUAGAAGACAACUCGGAUCAAACGUCGGCCCUGCAAAGCUUGGCCAACCACAUUCGAUGAAGUAUAAAAGCGAUGCCAGUUAAAUCGGUUCCACAGCAGUCAGAGUGUGGCUCUCUCGCUUUUAAUUUGAAAGGGAUCCUCUUCAGUGGACACCUCAGCACUUGUGGGGGGGGAAAAAAAAAAAAAAAAAGCAAGCAGUGACGAGGCGAAAAUGUGUGAACUGUGACUUUUAGUUGAGGAUGCUAUUGCUUCAGAUGAGCUAAUAUUGUUUGUGCUAUGUUUUACUGUGUUAGCAUUGAGGUGCCAGUGUGUAGGAGAACUGUGGUUUUAUCUGUAGUCUUUGGUGGCCAUCUUGAAUUUACAUUAUUGUAGGGCUAUACAAUAUAUCCAUAUAUCAAUACUUGCCUUUACCCACAUGUUACAGAUGACUAUGUAUCAAAAAAAAAUUGUGUUCAUAUUUAGAAAAAAAAGUACAAACAGUCACCUUAAAAUAUUGUUGUCAUGUUGAGAUCGAGGUAAAAUUGUAAUAUUUGAUUUUAUCAUUCGGUCCGAGCAGUUACGAAGGGCCUUUGAGGAGAUUUUGCCUUAAAAUCGCCACGACUUUAUCAAAAUCAGCUUGCGUUUUGCCAUAAUGAUAUUUUUAUACUUUAGGCCAAACAGAUUUUAGAUACUGCAGAGCAGACAGCUACUGGCCCGAGCAUUCGUUGAAGCUCCAAGCACAAAUUGAAAAAGAAAGACGACAAUUUAAAGGUAUCGCGUCUCGUGCUCUCAGGCCUGACACACAUGAUCAUUGAACCACAGUAGCCGUUUACAGUUACGUUUGUUAGCUAUGCUGGCAAGUGUUAAAUUUAAUGGUGCAUCACUUCCACCGACUGUCGGUCAGUGGAGUAGCGUGAAACUGUCGGGAUGUGCAGCACGCAAUCUUGAAAACAUUGCUCUGUAAUCUCCACCAAGCAACCUUUAACGCGAUAACUCCAGACAGCAGGUGUUAAACUGUACCACCAGCCCAUUCAACUUUUUUAGAAGCACCAGAUUUUUUUUUUUUUUAAAAAAGUGCCAAGGUGCUGGACAUUUACAUUCCCAAUAUCUGUCCUGUAAAGACGAGAAUUGCAUUUUUACAAGUGCAGGAGAAAAAAAAAAAACUAUGCACCUUUUUAAUCUUCCUGGUAGAUUCCCAGUUUGACUCUGCUUAAACAGAGUGGGUCAAAACCCUUUUAAUGAAAUAAGCGUUUUUGUGCUUGGCGACAUAACUAAUGAAUGGGCUAGUUGGCCUCCUAGCAAAAGAAUCAAAGGGCCUGAUUGAGAUUGUUAAAGGGCCGCAUUUGGCUCUUCUGGCCACCAGAUGUACAGGUCUGCUGUACCAGAUAACAUAGUGUAUUACUGAUGUAAUAUGGUUAAGCGUUAAUAUAUUACUUAAUGUAAAAACUUGCCCUCAAUAAUUUAAUAUUCAUUAGUAAAAUACCUGUUAGAUGAACAGUGUGGGCAAAAUGUGUGUUCUACACCCCCUGUAGCUUACCUUUGGUAAUUUUCAAAAUGGCCAGCAAUCGAAGAGGAUAAGAGUUGAAAGGUUAGGUCAUUGUGAAAGUUGGAAAAGGAUUGUCUGAAUCAGUUGGCACUACCGCGAAGACAUUUAAAAAAAAAAAAAAUAAAACCAACAACAACCACCUAGCACUCUGCUUUAGCCGUGUAGAAGAAGACGUUAGCAGCAGUAGUCGACUUUAGGAUUUUUGAAUAGUGUCAUGACGAGUGCUUUUGGAACGUUGUGAUGUUGUACAUAUUAACUGUGAGCAGUUCUGUGUUUGUACUCUCGGCAGUGUGUAAGGGCAUAAUUAUGCGUCAUAUAUAUACGAUAUGCUAUACUCUUUAGUGUGUGUGUGUGUGUGUGUGUGUGUGUGUGUGUGGGUGGGUGUGUGUGUGUGCGCGGCGUUUACACUCUUCACCUGCUCUUUUUACACUUUGUACCCGACUUGACUUUUUCCUAAAAAAAAAACCAAACAAAAAAACCGUAGCGGAACUUUUUGUAGAUAGUAAAUUGCUUCCUGGUGAGUGAGCUUGUUUAGUGUUGCCGACAGACAGCUGUUUUUUCUAACGACUCCUGGAGUCUCGUGUGUUUCUGAAUGAGAGUGCUUUUUAUUUGGGAGACUUGGGCUUAAAUCUGAACUCAUUCGCCGUUUUAUAGCACUGCUCAAAUUGGUGGGAGGUAGUGAUGAGAAAUGGUAAUCAGACAAUAGAAGAUUAAUUGUAUGAUUGCGGUUGGUUGUGUGAGGCUUCAAAUAUACUGUGCAUAUAGCACCUUGUGUUCACUUUGAAUGACGUGAGGUAUAUUUAUUUGGUCCGCCACCUCCACGUUCAGGCUGAAUAUUUCCGAGCUUGUGGAAAAAGCGUCCGCAAGUUCCCCUCUCUUUGCGUGGUUCUCGUGCAGGUCUUUACGUCUUGCGUUUGGACUGACGCGCUUAUUGAAAUGUGCGUAGUUUUCUUGUUUACGAUUGGCUUGUUGCACUGUGGUUCCCCUCAGCCCAUUAGUUGCUGCUCAAGCACCUUUUUAAAAGCACACUGCCAACCCGAACGAUUGUUCAAGACGAGACGAGAAGCAAAUAACACACGUGAUGAUGGAAUAACCACCCACUGGUCACCACAUACCAUCAUGCACUGUCACUGACCUGAGCAGCGUCCGAUAAGACUAAUCUGUAUCUACACAGAGGGGAAUGUGUGACGGGUUUUCAGAUGGCGGCUCUUUCCCCGAAUGAGUUUCGAACUCUCUCGUUGCGUCAUAUCAUUUUCAGAUACUAAAGGGAGUAUGUGUUGUAUGAGCUAUUAAUAGUGUCGGUGGCCUAUUAAACCAGUGUGUUACUUAUCGGACGCGAUGGCGGCACAGUCCUACGUGAAUACACCACCCUGGUCUCCUCCACGUUGCCUUGGUAAAGCAACCGCUUCUACCUACAAUCCCUCCGUGAGUCAGCCUUCUUAGGACACCACCGUGAUCGGAGGCUGGUUGCACAAAGACGGACUCUUGACGAUGGCAAAUAAACUACUGUGUUCCUCGUUGGAUCAUCAGCAUCUACCAUCACGAAAACUUUAUUCCCAGCCCCCAUGAUACCUUGCACAGAUUAUCACUUAAUUGUCACUUAGCCCAUAAAUUUAGCACGCCACUGUGCAUGUCCAACCUCUGAACAGUGAUGAGAUGGAUCAAAAAUGUAGUGUUUACAGAACUGGAUAUUUGGCCUUUUUGGAGUUUUGUAAAGGCAACACAUAGACAGGCCUUACUCGGUACAGUCUGACAGAUCUUUGUGCAACCACACCUCGAGAGAUCCGCUGCAUGUAACUGAGAAAAGAGACUGAUGAACCAGCUCCAGUUUUCAGUUUUUUUGGGCACUUUAAAGUGGUUUAAAGCUGCUUUUUGAACUCGAGUUGUUCCGGGACCGGUGAGCGGUCGGAGUAACAACCCCCGUUUUGAACUGAUCUGCUCACACUGUAAGAGUCACGCAUGGUUAACCUCUCUUGCCCUGUCCGCUGUAAUUCAAAUGGUGCUUCUCUCUUUGCCUUACACCCUGCACUGUCCCCCCGGCAGGGACGCGCCACACUAUUCAUCCGACAAACCCCCUCCCGUCGCUGCACCUGAGCAAGAGCGACACGCGCAGCUUUCAGACUCUUGCGGCCGGCCACCUCGGAAGAGCGCGAGGGCGGCAGAAAGGUGCGGGUGUCUCAUCGCGCUCAGGCCGCCGCCAGCUGAACUUCACACAAAUCAAACACGAACUUAACAAACCUUUCUGUUUAUUGAAUGUAUCGAACAUUGAGCAAAAACCUUUGGUAUGUAGCAAAAAAAUGCAAAUUCACCAAAGACGUAGCAUCGAUUGAGAUUGACUUUGCCUUUUAUGUAUUGGGACUGAAUUAUCCGUUUUUUGUAAGAAAAAAAGAGGUUUUGGAAUAACCGCGAGGGGAAAAGGAUCGAAUCAGGCCUUGAAUCGGAAUGUCUUCGCCGUCUCAAGUGUGACGUUUUAAAUUGGUUUUUAUAGAUAGAUGAAGACCCGGCGGACUGAAGGGUCGAGUGUGUGAGAACGUUUUAUACGUCUAUGAAAAGACAGUACUAAUGCACCUGAAAACUGCACGAUGCUUACUUUAGGUACACAAUGUCUGACUUGACUCAGAUGUUAUUGGCACUGUGGAUGUUGAUACUGCUUUAAGAUUCAGUGUGGACGGUUGUCUUAUAAUAUACUGCUGUUUGGAGUCGGUUACCAGACGUGAUAUGAUUAAUGUCGGUACAGUCUGAAGCCGGGCUAAAUGAUAAUAGUCGCACGCGGUGAUGUCACCGUGUUAGUGUUGCUCCGGGACCAUCUCCGCAACGGAUCGAUCGCGUUGUUGUCACGUCAUCGCUUAGCAAAAUGGAGAUAAAGACCAGCAAAAACGACAAACGUUCACUGUUGUGAGAGGAUCUAUUUAAACCCAAACCUAGUUUUUCUAAACCCGAUCAAGUACUUUUGUUCCCUAAACCCAACCAACUCUUUUGUUGUAUGAUAAUAUGUCCCAAACGAUGACUUGCUGGUGGUGUGGUUUUCCGUCGCUCUUAUGAAAGUUUGAAGUGAUGGUCCAGGAGCAACGCUGAUUAACACCAAUACGGUGUUACCUAACAGACCCAGCCGGCGAAGCGUCUCCCCUGCCCUCCGAACUCCAUAUUCCAUCUGCGCUCUAUUAUAAGACGACCGCGCCUGACUUCCUCUAGGUCCUCUCUCUGCACUGCACUCUAGUGCCUGUCACUGUGUCAUGCAAAGCCAGCCGAAAAAUCCUCCAACCUCACUUCUUUUUUUUUUUUUUGACUCAGAACCAGAUCGCGGCUCACUCCCCCCCCCGCCCCCUCCGGUUCAAGGAAAACCAAACGAGAUCCCCGCGAAAAGAUAUUCACGUUUUGAUAUCCGAGGGCUGGCUUUGCAAGGCCGCCUGUCACAUACAACACAUACACACCUGUCCAGUAUACUGCUCUCAUACGUACACACACUUUGAUGCAUGCUUUUUUCUCUACAUACUGUAUACAGAAUAACUUGUAGCUUAAUGAGUGUUGAACUCUUGUGUCUUUCUGACAACUGAAUGUUGGACAGUCUUUCAUUGCUUAAAGUGUAAUAGUGAGCUCUUCCUAUUCCUGUUCUUAUUCCACCAUGAUAACUCUCUAGCAAUAUGUUAUAGGGAAUUGUUACUAAUAUGAACCAAUAAAAGAAAACCGUUUUAAAAGA